ACCACGGCCCAAGCUUCGACCUACAGAAACAACUGUUGUAACGCGCGCUUCAACGACAAGUGCGUCCUUGUCGCCUCGGCAACGUCACCGGAAACUCGCACCGCCGCCUAACGUGGUUGGUUGUCCGGAAAUGGCAAAGAAUAAAAGCAAUCAAUAUGGCGGCGCCCAGGGCCUUGCUUUGUUGAACCGUAUGGCGUGACCGCCGACUCUACCGGAGUAGCCUUUUUUCGCGCCUCGACGAUGGAACCCAAGUGUUCCUGCAAGGGCGUGAGGACGUGUCUCGCUUGCGAGCAAGUCAAAGAGCCCAGCAAGCACGCCAUAUCCAAACGAAAGGUGCGCCAUCCGUUCACCUUUUGCACCGACUGCAGACUGUGUUGGCCGGGUUGGAUAGACGACAACGGCGAGUCGACGGAAAGUACUCAGAACAGCCGCGACAGAUACUCGCCUCCACUCAAAGUACCGGGCAUCGAGGUCUACGAAGAGUUCCUGACGCGCGACGAAGAGGCGAGCCUCGUCGACGGCAUCGACGCCCACGAAUGGGUCGGGUCUCAGUCGGGUCGCCUCAAGCAAGACUUCGGGCCUCGCGUCAACUUCAAGAAGAAACGCGUCAGGACCGGCGAGUUCGGGGGCCUACCGGCCUACUACACGAGCGUCGAGCAGAAGAUGAGUCGCUGCCCCGUCGUGUCCGACUUCGAGGCCGUCGAGCUGUGCAACCUCGACUACAGCCCCAAGCGCGGCUCGUGCAUCGACCCGCACUACGACGACUGGUGGCUCUGGGGUCACCGGCUCGUCACCUUUAACCUCUUGUCCGACACGGUGCUGACCCUGUCCCGACCCGAGCAGCAUUGGAUGCUCACCGACGAAGACCUGAUCGACGAACCGUCGGCGCCUGCCGCCGAUUAUGGCCCGCAGCGCCCGACGACGAGCGUCGCGCACGACAGGAGCGUCUGCAAGUCGUGGAGCGAGGACUUCAAGGACUCCGUGUCGGUGCGGACUCCGCCUCGCCUGUGUGCCGUGCAGGUCGCGCUGCCGCGGCGUUCGAUGCUGGUGUUGUACGGCGACGCCCGGUACAAGUGGCACCACUCGAUACUCAGGGACGACGUCACGAGUCGCAGGGUCGCCAUGACGGUGCGAGAGCUGUCGGAGGAAUUCCUCGAAGGCGGUGCCUCUUGCGAUUUCGGCGCUGAGCUGCUGGAAAUCGCCAAGUUGCGUGUGUGAAGGUGUGCGUUUUGCCACGCAAUGCCGUGUUUGUUAGUUCGUUGUUUGCUGUGUUUAGAAGGUUCCGAGUAAGGUGGCGUCCCUAUGUAGUUUGGGCUGCUCGUUUUAGCAUUCGCGUGGGGCAAGGCGUGUCUCCAUGUGUGUUAGACCAUGCAAAUGCAUCUAGUCCGAUGCAUUGUUAGGGCCCAUUCACACUUGCUACUAGGCGAGGUCGCGCGACCAAUUGCGACUGGCGACCAGAAAACUACUCAAGACGAACGAUGUUCACACUUACAAAUGCGACCGACGAGUCGCUAAACCGAAAUGUAUCACGAUAUGCCGUUUACGUCUGCUUGAAAUGUCAUCGCCGCGUAAAAUAAGCGUCUGCGUAU